CGCUGGGUCAGGGCUGCAGAGGCGCCUGGCGCACCGGCGGGAGCGGAGCCGGGCGCGCGAUCGCCUGCCGGCCCGAGCGAGCGCCCGGGAGCCCAGGGGUCCGCGCCGCGCCGCGCCGGCGCCGCCGUGCUGCCCGCCAUGUGCUCCCAGCUCUGGUUCCUGACCGACCGGCGCAUCUGCGACGACUACCCGCAGGUGCAGAUCCUGCGCGCCCUCCAGCAGCGCUGCUCGGAGCGGGACGUGCGCUUCCGGGCGGUGUUCAUGGACCAGAUCGCCGUCACCGUCAUCGGCGGCCACCUCGGCCUACAGCUGAACCAGAAGGCACUCACCACUUUCCCGGAUGUGGUGCUUGUUCGGGUGUCCACACCCUCGCUGCAGUCGGACAGUGACAUCACCGUCCUGCGACACCUGGAGAAGUUGGGCUGCCGCCUAGUCAAUCGCUCGCAGAGUAUUUUAAACUGCAUCAACAAGUUCUGGACAUUCCAAGAGCUGGCCGGACAUGGGGUCCCCAUGCCAGACACCUUCUCCUAUGGUGGGCAUGAAGACUUUUCAAAAAUGAUUGAUGAAGCUGAGCCCCUGGGCUACCCGGUCGUGGUGAAGAGCACACGAGGACACCAGGGAAAAGCUGUUUUCCUUGCAAGAGACAAACAUCACCUCUCAGACAUCUGCCAUCUGAUCCGCCAUGACGUGCCCUACCUGUUCCAGAAGUAUGUGAAGGAGUCACAUGGAAAAGAUAUCCGGGUGGUGGUGGUCGGGGGCCAGGUGAUAGGCUCUAUGCUUCGCUGCUCCACAGACGGACGGAUGCAGAGCAACUGCUCUCUCGGUGGUGUGGGUGUCAUGUGCCCGUUGACAGAGCAAGGCAAGCAGUUGGCUAUUCAGGUCUCCAAUAUCCUGGGCAUGGACUUCUGUGGCAUUGAUCUCCUCAUCAUGGACGAUGGCUCCUUUGUGGUGUGUGAGGCAAACGCCAACGUUGGUUUCCUCGCCUUCGACCAGGCAUGCAACUUAGACGUGGGUGCGAUCAUUGCAGACUAUGCUGUGUCCUUGCUGCCAAAUAUGCAGACUGGGAAGAUGGCCAUCCUCCCAGGCCUGUCCAGUCCCAGGGAGAAGAGCGAGCCAGAUGGCUGUGCUGCAGCUCGGGGCGUUGCAGAGAGCAUCUACACCAUCAACAACGGGUCUACCUCCAGUGAGAGUGAGCCUGAACUGGGAGAGGUCCGCGGUCCCUCAGCAAGCACGCCAGGGCCCCCACCCCCCACGCUGCCCGAACCCAGCUACAACAUUAACAAUAGGAUUGCUUCUGAAUUAAAACUGAAGUGAAUUCCUGCUUUUGUUGGCAGCAUUUAAACCAAAUCCUACUGCUUCCCUAGUAGUUUUGAAUGAAUAAAGCCUGGACUAAUGUGA